ACCCCAGCUAGCUUGCUUAGCUUAAGCCCCCCACGCACCCGUUAGCCAUGGCCGCUACAAACCCUUCCUACUACCAGAGUGGUGUUUGUCAAGACAUCAAACAAAAGGAGCAUCUCUUCCACUUAUACAUGAACCAGAUAUUUGAUGGUCCGGGUGUUACCAACGGCAACCAACUCAGUGUUAUCAAUCCUGGUCAACCAUUUGGGUUUGGUCACACCGUUGCAAACGACUGGACUAUACGUGAUGGUCCAGCUGCCAAUGCAAACCUUGUCGCACGUGCUCGUGGCAUGCACAUGGGUGCGGGCAAAGUCGACGAGAACUGGUUAUUCUGUCACAAUAUAUUGUUCACUGAUACCAGGUUUAAGGGGUCCAGCCUUAAGGUCCUUGGAGACUUUGUAGGAAACAAUAGUGAAUGGGCAAUUGUAGGUGGGAGUGGAGAGUUUGCGUAUGCACAAGGUGUUGUGGUCGCCAAAGUAAUCCAAACUGUACCACCUACUCCCGGGCGUACUUGGGAGCUUCGUAUCAGUGCUUUCUGUCUGUGUAUCCCCAAAGUGAUCCCAGUGACGAAGAUGGGACCUUGGGGUGGGGACGGAGGGACAUCGUUUGACAUCACGGAGCUUCCUCGUUCUCUUCAAACUGUUACAAUUAGAUGUGGGGAUGUGAUUAACUCGGUUGCGUUUUCCUAUACUGACCAAGCUGGUCAGAGGAAAACUGUCGGACCAUGGGGUGGCAAUGGUGCACUUACUGCGACGAUCACUCUUGCUCCUUCCGAGUUUAUAAAGCAAGUUCUUGGAACAACCGGUACAGUUGGAGGAGAGACAGUUGUUACAUCACUUACCUUGGUCAGCAGCAUUACAACAUAUGGGCCAUUUGGAAAAGCAAACGGCAGCCCUUUUAGCAGCCAGGUUCCAGAUGGUAACAACAUUGGGGGAUUCUAUGCGCGUGCUGGGGAGUCUGUCAAUGCACUUGGCGUUUACGCGUGCCCAAUUUAGCACAAUGCAUGUGUUUUGUUCUUGAAUAAGCAUCUUCUUGCGUGGUCGAUGCCCCACUUUCGUUUCCAGCAUUGCAACGGUCAAUAAGCAGAUGGAGAAGGCUCUUCCUUGUCACCAUCUUGUGUACUAUUUAUUUUCCUUUUCGUUAUGUGUACCUUUUGCUAUUGUCUACAUGUACAUGCUUGAAAGUAAAACGAUGUGCUUAGAGCUUGAUGACUUGCCUCUUUGUUCUUCAAUAUAUAUAAACCGAGCUUGUUUUGUGUA